CUUAGAGUAGGCCUAGAGUAAAAUAGGACUAAUAAGGAAGUUCGGACAUCGUUUAUGGUAUAGGCCUACUGUCAAACCAAACCAAUGUUUCGUUGUAUACCAUGCCUAUUCUUUGAAUACUAUUGCUUAUAGAAUGUUUAUGUAAUUAAAGUACAGUGUUGGGCUGUUAAAGCUAUUUAUGUUUGUAUCCCGUGCGCCUGUAGUUCGUUAUUGCAGCUGUUCGUGAUUAUUCUUUAGAUUACCAAUUGAAAUAAAUGUGUGUAUGAUUUUUCUCAGACUAAAAUUUCACUAGCAUUUCCAACAAUUUCUGCUUCACCCUUUGGUGGUCAUGGAUGGAGAAGAGUUUGGACGGACGGUUGCCACCCGGGGAGGGUCCAUUAUCAUCGGCGUGGACGAGGCCGAAAUGCAAAAUGGCAAUUUGGACAAACAGAAUAUUGUUGAAAAUAUUGAGACAGAGCCACAGUCCACAGAUAAAGACUUGGUUGGUGGUUCUGUGAAUGAGAACACUACGAAAGAAGAAGGCAAUGGAUUUAUAGAUGAUGAUGUUCCAACAUGUGGUUGGGGCUCAUGGCGGCCCAAGUGGGCCCAAGUGUUAAAUUCCCCAAAGGGAUUCUGUCUCUUUCUAUGCUUGUUCGCAAUGGCUCAAGGUAUGACGGUCAACGGCUUGAUAUACGUGGACACAACCACGCUAGAAAAACGUUUUGAACUCCCAAGUGUCCGAAGCGGCUCGAUCUCUAGCUGUUACGAUUUUUCCGUUACGCUUGUUGUUAUAUUUGUCACUUACUUUGGUGAGAAACAGCACAAGCCAAAACUUUUAGGUAUCGGGGCUAUAAUAUUCGGUUUCGGAUGCUAUACAUUUUCUCUCCCUCAUUUCACGACAGACUACUACCAUAAUAAAGGAGGGGAAAGUGGAGUGAGCAUUGAUAACGUCUCAACAUGUGAUGCCAAUCGAAGUAUACCUUCUUGUAUAGAUGAGGACAGUGGUAAAAGAACAAGUCUGUCUUCGUACUACUGGGUGUUUGUGUUCGCGCAACUGCUUCACGGGAUUGGUGCGUCACCACUGUAUACUCUUGGGGUUACCUACUUGGAUGAUAAUGUGACAUCUAAGUUGGUAGCUAUGUAUAUAGGUAUAUUCAAUGCAAUAUCAAUAUUGGGUCCAGCGUUAGGCUAUGUGCUUGGCGGACUAUAUCUUACAAUUUACACCGACGUUAGAGUAGAUCCGGCAGAUCAUGGUAUAUCACGUGAAAGUCCAAUAUGGGUUGGUGCUUGGUGGAUCGGAUUUCUUGUCAGUGGAUCUUGCUGUUUACUUGUUUCCAUUCCAUUACUCGGUUAUCCUAGAGCUCUGCCAGGUGCAAAAUUAAUCGCUAAAGAACGGGCUCUGAAUCAGAACAAGGACGACGACGAUGACAUGUUAACUCGAGCGAGUUACGGCGGUGCUAGUAUAAAGAACUUCCCGGCAGCCGUCUGGAACUUAGUGAAGAACAUCCCGUACAUGAUGUUAAAUCUAUCAACGUGUUCAGAAUGGUUCAUCUUAGCUGCCAUGGCUGUUUUCGGUCCGAAAUACAUGGAAUCCCAAUUCAAUAUAUCUCCAAGCCUAGCGGCUGGAAUAUGUGGUGCUGUUGUCAUCCCCGCUGGAGUCGGAGGUACCCUGUUAGGUGGAUGGGUAGUGAAGCGGUUUAAACUUUCUGUUAGGGGGAUGCUUCAGUUUGUCUUGGCUACCCUAUCGGUGUCGACUCUUCUUCUUGCUUGUUUCUUCAUCUACUGCGAUAAUGUUAAAUUUGCUGGAGUUACAACCCAGUACAUCGAUAAUGAUAGAUCGCUAGCAUAUCCAAAAGACAUGCCGUCAAAUAUAACUGCAUCCUGCAAUGUAGAUUGCCGAUGUUCGCAGGCGUACGAUCCGGUAUGUGGUGUAGAUGAGGUCAUGUAUUACACUGGAUGCCAUGCUGGGUGUACUUUUAGCAACGAAAAUAAAGAAGGCAUACUUGAAUAUUUUGAUUGCGCCUGUAUGAAUGUUACUGUCGAAGCUAAUGAGCCAAUGGGAUCAGCUGUUAGAUGUAGUAUUGACUGCCCGUUAAUUCCGCUUUUCUUGACCUUGUUAUUCUUUCAAAUGAUUACAACAUUCAUGGCAAUUGUCCCAGGUACAACGGCUGUAUUACGGAUUGUUGAUCAUGAGCAGCGUGCAUUCGGUCUUGGGAUCCAGUCUCUUAUGUACAGGUUACUAGGAACCGUACCUGGACCAAUCAUAUUUGGUGCUAUAAUCGAUGGUCAGUGCUUACUAUGGGAGAAGGAAUGUAACGGUUCGAAUGGAACAUGUUGGUUAUACGACAACGAAUCAUUUAGUCAAUACACAUUGUUGAUGGCAGGUAUUCUCAAAAUAGUUUCGCUUGUAACUGUCGCAGGAUCGAUAGUUACUCUUGGAUCUCGGGGCACUGAAAGCAAUAACAAACCUAGCACACAAAAUGGUGCAAUCGUCAAUACUAAAGAUACUGUGUCAGUAGUUAGUUAUAGACACUUUGAUACGUUAAGUUCGCCUGAUAUAUAAUCAUAAUAUAUCUUAUUAUUCAAGCACGUUAUGUAUCUUUAACUAUGCGUUUUCUGUAAGAACUUAUUAAAACAUAUUCUAUAUAAUGUAAAAACAGAGCAUUAAAAAACCUUUGGAUUUUAGAACCCAACUAUGAAUGUCACUGAUUGAGGCCACAAGGCUUGCAGAAAUACCCACGUAUAGAUAUAACAGUGUUCAUACCUGUAUAAUGUUAAAUUAUAUUCACAAAUUCAUUGGUUGUCGUCACACUGAAGUUCGAGGUUGGGUGUAUGUAGUAGUUAUAUUAGAAAGUGGACGCCAGUCGAAAAAUUAAAAUCGUGAUUUAAAAGACUUAACAAUGUUAUGCAACGCAAAUGUGAUAUAGAUUUGUGUUAUGAUGUUUCCUCAAUAAUAAUUUGGUGGUGUUAACAACGGUGGCGCUAGGAAUGUGCCGACGGAGAGGUCCGAACCAAAAGACCGACUAGAGCCUCGGUCGACGGCCCGGAAUAAAAAAAAAUCCCUGGUAGGGUUCACGGGGAGAUUUUUUAUGGCUAAAGGCCUGUUUAUACUUCAACGAUAACGAUAACGAUAACGAUAAAAAA